AAUCCACAGGCAGCGGUAGGCAGAAAGCAAACCUCGCUGCCUUCGGGCUGGAGGAGUGAGUGUGCGUCGAAGGACAGCCAGUCAUGGAGGGGAGCGUGGGUGUGCGUGUAGGCACCCGCACACGAGUGGGCUACCAAGCGCUUGCACAUCUCCUCAGCUUGGACCACGAAAGAGCAGUUUGUCAGGAUUACAGAAGUCGGCAAGGAAGCAGACUGAACAAAGACCUGAGACAUUAUCUCAACCAGAGGUUUCAGAAAGGAUCGCCAGAUCACGAUCUGCAGCAGACUAUUAGAGAUAACCUUUAUCGCCAUGCUGUGCCUUGCACAACCCGUCCUCCAAGAGAAGGAGAAGUGCCUGGUGUGGACUAUAACUUUCUGACUGUGGAGGAGUUUCUGGAGUUGGAGCGAAGUGGGACUCUUCUGGAAGUAGGAACUUACGAAGGUAACUAUUAUGGAACGCCCAAGCCUCCCAGCCAGCCCCUCAGUGGGAAAGUGACUUCCCCCGAUGCUUUGCAAAACCUGCAGUCUGGCUCCAAGCAGUCGACUCCAAAGCGAACCAAGUCUUACAAUGAUAUGCAAAAUGCUGGCAUAGUGCAUACAGAGAAUGAGGAAGAGGAUGAUGUACCUGAAAUGAGCAGUAGCUUCACAGCAGAGUCUGGUGACCAAGACGAGCAUAAUACGCAUAUCGUAAGAGAGACAGCCCCACCGUCCGCGAUUGAUAGCCACACCAACGUUCCCACCACGGAACCAUCUCAGAACCUCCCUCAAUACCUACCUCCUUCUGCCGAGGAUAACCUAGGUCCUCUGCCGGAAAACUGGGAGAUGGCCUACACCGAGAACGGAGAAGUCUAUUUUAUAGACCAUAACACAAAAACAACAUCUUGGCUAGAUCCACGGUGCCUGAACAAACAGCAGAAGCCUCUAGAAGAAUGUGAAGAUGAUGAAGGGGUACACACGGAGGAACUGGACAGUGAACUAGAGUUGCCUGCUGGUUGGGAGAAAAUUGAGGAUCCCGUCUAUGGUGUCUACUAUGUAGACCACAUCAACCGGAAGACACAGUAUGAAAACCCAGUUCUUGAAGCAAAGAGGAAGAAACAGCUUGAGCAACAGCAACAGCCACCAGAAGGAAAACCUUUUUUUACACGAAACCCUUCUGAGUUGAAAGGGAAGUUCAUCCACACCAAGCUAAGGAAAAGCAGCAGGGGUUUCGGCUUCACUGUCGUUGGAGGGGAUGAGCCGGAUGAAUUUCUCCAAAUAAAAAGUUUGGUGCUUGACGGCCCCGCAGCGUUGGAUGGCAAAAUGGAAACAGGGGACGUCAUAGUCAGCGUGAACGAUACCUGUGUGCUGGGGCACACUCACGCUCAAGUUGUGAAAAUCUUCCAGUCCAUCCCCAUCGGUGCCAGCGUGGACCUCGAACUGUGCCGAGGCUACCCCCUGCCCUUUGAUCCCGAUGAUCCCAACACGAGCCUGGUUACGUCCGUGGCAAUUUUGGACAAAGAGCCAAUCAUUGUGAACGGGCAAGAAAAUUACGACUCCCCGGCGAGCCACAGUAGUAAAACAGGGAAAGUAAAUGGCACAAAGGAAGCAAGACCCAGCAGCCCGGCUGAGGUCUCUUCCAACGGACCCCAUGGUUACCCCAAUGACACGGUCUCUUUGGCAUCUUCGAUAGCAACACAACCUGAACUCAUAACUGUGCAUAUAGUGAAAGGGCCUAUGGGCUUUGGGUUUACUAUAGCAGACAGUCCCGGUGGGGGCGGCCAAAGAGUGAAACAAAUCGUGGACAGCCCGCGGUGCCGCGGCCUGAAGGAGGGCGAUCUUAUAGUUGAAGUCAACAAGAAGAAUGUGCAGAGCCUCACUCACAACCAGGUGGUGGAUAUGCUGAUUGAAUGUCCUAAGGGAAGCGAAGUCACGUUGCUGGUGCAGCGAGGAGGACUGCCGGUCCCAAAGAAGAGCCCAAAGUCGCAACCACUUGAAAGGAAAGACAGCCAAAACAGUUCUCAGCAUAGCGUCUCCAGCCACCGCAGCGGGCACACCGCUUCCCCCGUUCACAGCACACAGGUGCUGCCGGACUACACUGCCGCGGAGCCGCCGGCUGCGGAUCAACCGGACAGUUCUGGGCAGAAAAAGCCAGAUCCAUUCAAAAUCUGGGCCCAGUCCAGGAGCAUGUAUGAAAGCCGACUUCCAGAUUACCAAGAGCAGGAUAUCUUUCUAUGGAGAAAGGAAACCGGUUUUGGAUUUAGGAUUCUAGGUGGAAAUGAGCCUGGAGAACCUAUUUACAUCGGUCACAUUGUACCGCUGGGUGCUGCUGAUGCUGACGGCCGCCUGAGAUCAGGUGAUGAACUGAUCUGCGUGGAUGGAACGCCUGUUGUCGGGAAAUCGCACCAGCUUGUCGUCCAGCUUAUGCAACAGGCAGCCAAACAAGGUCAUGUCAAUCUGACCGUCAGGCGCAAAGUGGUUUACACAGUUCCGAAGGCAGAGAAUGAAGUCCCGUCCCCAGCCUCUUCCCACCACAGCAGCAACCAGCCGGCCUCGCUGACAGAGGAGAAGCGAACGCCGCAGGGCAGCCAGAACUCCCUCAACACCGUCAGCUCGGGCAGCGGCAGCACCAGUGGCAUCGGCAGUGGUGGUGGCGGGGGCAGCGGUGUCGUCAGUGCCGUGGUCCAGCCCUACGAUGUGGAAAUCCGCCGCGGUGAAAACGAGGGGUUCGGCUUCGUCAUCGUCUCGUCGGUGAGCAGGCCAGAGGCUGGGACGACAUUCGGUCGGAUAAUUGAAGGGAGUCCCGCAGACCGCUGUGGCAAGCUGAAAGUAGGCGAUCGGAUCUUGGCUGUGAAUGGGUGCUCCAUCACCAACAAGUCGCAUUCAGACAUCGUCAACCUCAUUAAGGAAGCGGGAAACACCGUUACCCUGCGCAUCAUUCCAGGAGAUGAAUCCUCCAAUGCUACUUUAUUGACCAAUGCAGAAAAAAUUGCUACAAUUACAACCACACAUACUCCUCAGCAAAUACCACAGGAGACCAGCAGGAACAACACCAAACCAAAGCAGGAAUCCCAGUUUGAUUUCAAACCACCCCAAGCAGCCCAGCAGGACCAAGACUUUUACACUGUUGAGCUGGAAAGAGGAGCCAAAGGGUUUGGCUUUAGCCUGCGAGGUGGCCGGGAGUAUAAUAUGGAUCUGUACGUGUUGCGGCUAGCUGAGGAUGGUCCAGCUGAGAGAUGUGGGAAGAUGAGGAUCGGUGAUGAAAUCUUAGAGAUCAACGGAGAAACUACCAAGAACAUGAAGCAUGCUCGGGCCAUCGAACUGAUUAAAAACGGUGGCCGCAGGGUCCGCCUGUUUCUGAAACGUGGAGAUGGCUCUGUCCCAGAAUAUGACCCCAGCAGUGACAGGAACAGUCCCGCCACAGGUUCACAAAAUGUAUCGGAAAUGAAACCCGUGCCAUCCGACCGACGGCAGCACCCAUCAUCGGAGUCCAGUUAUCCACCAGACCUUCACAAAUCAUCACAACAUGGGGACAAGCGGACUUACGUUAGAGACCUAAAAGGCAGCAGAGAGUUUAGCAGACAUCCCAACGAACACCACACUUGGAAUGGGACUUCUAAAACCAACGACCACGUGCCAGGCAGGAGGAUGGAGAGGUCGCCGGAGAGGAGGCACGAGCGGCAGCCGGAGAGGGCGGUGGUGAAUGGGCAGAAGAGGAGGUCUCCCGAAAAGCGGAGGGAAGGGACGAGGAGCGCUGACAACACUCUGGAGAGGCGGGAGCGACACGAGAGGAGGAGAGACCUCUCCCCUGAGAAGCGCAGAGAGCGGUCACCCAGUCGCCGCCGGCGGUCGCUGGAGAGACUCACGGAGCCGAGGAGGUCACCCGAUCGGAGAAGAGAGAGCUCCCUUGACCGGCGGGCCAAGUCGUCCGACCGGCGGAGGGAGAGGUCGCCCGACAGACGGCUCAGGGAGGAGCGAGUCGGCCACCGGGAGAGGGAAGACCCUGGCUGGAAGCACGAGCCGAGCCGCAGGCACCCGCCCGAGCAGCGCAGGCGGCCGUACAAGGAGUGCAGCACCGACCUCAGCAUCUGAGGGGCUCCUCCGGGGUCCCCGUCGCCUUCCCCACGCCACGGGAGCGGAGGAGAGAGUGCGGGAGCUGAAACCAUCUGGCUUUCGCAGGCGAGGAGACAUCCGGCACCUGCUGAUCCUACAAACCUUUUAUGCAGAUGAAAUCUUAUAACAAAAAAAAAAAAAAACAAGUGUUGUGCCUGAUGUAUAAUAUUAAAGAAAGUAUUUUUCAGUGUAUUCUUUUUUUUUUAAUUACUUGCCAAAUGUUGGUCCUAAAGGAUUAUAAAAUUUUGUUUCUACAUUCUUUGUAGAUUUCUUAAGAAUAAUUCCUUUAUUGGGCUACUUUCCCCCCUCCCCAAUAUAGUAAACGGGGGUAGCCAGUAAUAUAAUAUAGGCAAAGGAUUUUAUGACCAAGUUUGAAUAAUUUGAUCCAGACUGUUCUCUAGUGACUCACUGCUACGCUGUAUGUAGAAAAUUUUUUAAGGGUUGGGGGUGGGGAAGGAAGAAAAUUGUUCAUCUCAGUAGGAAUGGAGCGCUCCUGCUGAAGGAAUUAAAUAAGAAAGAGACAAAUGUUCCUAAAAUUGCAAGAACUGUUUGAAGAGACUACUGUUUCAAUGAAGGAUAUUUAUAAUAAUAAUAAAUAAUAAAAAAAAUACCAACCCACACAGCACAAGAUGAUUUACGAUAAGGAAUUUCUAGUUUGUUCCAUGAACAGUUUAUACUUUCAGGCCCCCUCUACAGGAUGCGCAAAGGCAGAAAGACUGGUAACCGCCAUGCCUGUGUCACACACUAACGUAGACUGUUGAUCUCUCAUUAGCCUCAGCAACAUCUAACGAUAUUUCAUUAAGGCAGCCGCCGCAGCCCUACUCAUCUUCUAGAUGUAUAUGGACAGCAACCCGAGCAUGCAUGGUAUUGUUUGUCUGCUUUGAAGCAAGGGGAGGGAUCGGGAUCCCGGGA